CCUCGGAUGGAGGAAUGUGGAGACGGAGGUCUUUAAAAAUAGCAUCCUCUCGUGUGGCCGCGCUGCCGCGCGGCUCCGCGGCACUGUGGCGCGAGGAGCAGGAAUGCAAAGAUGGCUGCGGACCUCGGCGAGCUGCUGGUCCCGUACAUGCCCACCAUCCGAGUGCCCAGGACGGGGGACAGGGUCUACAAGAGCGAGUGCGUCUUCUCCUUCGACUCUCCGGAGUCGGAGGGAGGCCUUUAUGUGUGCAUGAACACAUUCCUGGGCUUUGGACGGGAACAUGUGGAGAGACAUUAUCGCAAAACAGGACAGAGCGUCUACAUGCACCUCAAACGACACGUCAAGGAGAAAGCCACAGGAGCAGCAGCAGGCGCCGUCCCCAGACGGAGAAACGGAAAAGUGUUUCUAGAUUUAGAGCUAAACCGUGAUUUUAACGGAGAGGACUAUGAAUACGAAGACGAGGCCAAGCUGGUCAUUUUUCCAGACCACUUCGAGAUCCCCUUACCAAAUAUUGAGGAGUUACCCGCCCUGGUGACCAUCGCCUGUGAUGCAGUGCUCAACGCGCCAUCAGCUUACAAGAAGCAGGAGCUUGAAUCCUGGGAGGAGGAGAUCCAGGUGUCCAGACAUGCCAGAAGUCUCAGGCAGCUGGAUAAUGGGGUCAGGAUCCGGCCCAGCGGCUGGAAGUGUCAGAAGUGCGAGAUGAGGGAAAACCUGUGGCUGAACCUGACGGAUGGAGCAGUGCUCUGUGGGAAGUGGUUCUUCGAUGGCAGCGGAGGCAACGGCCACGCGCUGGACCACUUCAAAGAGACCAAAUACCCGCUGGCUGUCAAAAUGGAAACCAUCACUCCAGACGGAGCAGACGUCUACUCAUUUGAGGAGGAGGAAGCCGUGUUGGACCCUCACAUUUCGGAGCACUUGUCACACUUUGGAAUCGACAUGCUACAGAUGCAGAAAAAAACAGAGAACGGUCACCACACAGACAAUAACUCCCGGCCGCGGGUCAGUGAAUGGGUGAUCCAGGAGUCGGGCAUGAAGCUCAAAGCGGUGUUCGGUUCUGGUUACACAGGCGUCAAGAACCUGGGCAACAGCUGCUAUCUGGGCACGGUGAUCCAGGUCCUGUUCAGCAUCCCGGACUUCCAGAGGAUGUACGUGGGUAACCUUCAGAGGAUAUUUGACUAUUCUCCCCUUGAUCCCAGCCAGGACUUCGCCACACAAAUGGCUAAACUGGGACACGGACUGCUCUCAGGCCUGUACUCCAAACCACCCAUGAAAUCUGAGCUCAUUGAACAGGUGAUGAAAGAAGGACACAAGGUAUCAAACUGGCACCAGCAGAAAGGCGUCUCUCCUCGUAUGUUGAAGGCAUUGGUCAGCAGGGGACACCCAGAGUUUUCCUCCAACAGACAGCAAGAUGCCCACGAGUUCCUCCAGCACAUGGUCAACCUGGUGGAGAGGAACAGCGCCGGCUCAGAGAAUCCAAGCGACGUCUUCCGCUUCCUGGUGGAGGAGCGAGUUCAGUGCUGCCAGACACGUCGGGUUCGUUACACACAACGAGUGGACUACUGCAUCCAGCUGCCAGCUCCCAUUGAGGCGGCCACCAAUCGAGAGGAGCUGGUGGCGUACGAGACCAAGCGGCGGGAGGCUGAGGAGAACAUGCAGGCUCCUCCCGACCCGGUUACAGCACGGAUCCCCUUCACCGCCUGCCUGCAGGCCUUCACGGAGCCGGAGAACGUCCCCGACUUCUGGAGCUCGGCGCUGCAGGCCAAGUCAGCUGGGGUGAAAACUUCCCGUUUUUCCUCCUUUCCAGAGUAUCUGGUUUUGCAGAUCAAGAAAUUCACAUUUGGGGUUGACUGGGUGCCAAAAAAAUUAGACUUGGCCAUCGACGUGCCAGACUUCCUGGAUCUGAGCAGGCUUCGGGCUACUGGGCUGCAGACGAGUGAAGAGGAGCUGCCUGACCUCCUGCCUCCCAUUGUGCUUCCUGAAGACACCAGAGACAACUCCAUGGGCUCCAUAGACUCUCCAGAAAUAGACGAGGCGGCAGUAAUGCAGCUGGCAGAGAUGGGCUUUCCACUGGAGGCCUGCAGGAAGGCCGUCUAUUACACCGGCAACAUGGGCCCGGAGAUGGCUUUCAACUGGAUCAUUGCCCACAUGGAGGAGCCCGACUUUGCAGAACCUCUCACUCUGCCCUCAGAAGCCCUGAUGGAUCCUGGUCCGUCCACCAGCGAAAGCCCCAUGGGGGGCACCCCGCCGGGCAACUCGCCCCCCGAGGAGAGCAUCUCCAUCCUCACUUCAAUGGGCUUCCCCCGUGCUCACAGCAUCCAGGCACUCAAAGCCACGAACAAUAACCUGGAACGAGCACUCGACUGGAUCUUCAUCCACCCGGAGCAGCAGGAGGAGGAGAGUGACGCUCUCUCAGACGAGGCUGACACGCAGCCGAACGACAACGCCUUCUCCAACGGCAACAACACGCACAGCGACUCCACGCUCUCCCCAGACAGAGGCGCUUCAGGCCCGCGGGUCAAAGACGGCCCGGGACGUUAUGAGCUCUUUGCUUUCAUCAGUCACAUGGGAGCAUCUACAAUGUCUGGACAUUAUGUUUGUCACAUCAAAAAGGAAGGAAGGUGGGUGAUCUACAACGACCACAAAGUGUGUUUGUCAGAAAGGCCUCCAAAAGACUUGGGCUACAUCUACUUUUACCAUCGACUGUCUAGCAGUUAAACUAAAGUUCCCGCCCCUCCACCGUGAAACCUUAGAAAGAACCGCGGUCUUUUUUCCCCCCCGAAAGACCGGCGAUUUGAAAUAACCUUUGAGACCAGCUACUCGCCUUAACGUGAUGUCAUUGAGGAGCAACCAGGAGCCCCGGUCAGAAAAGGGAAAGCAAAUGAGCUUUUGUGCAUUUUGGUUCUGUUCAGCUUUAAAUGUAUAGUUGAGUUUAUGUUUAAGGAAAUACGUUUUCUUGGCAGUGCAGGUACGGACGGAUGUGUGUGUGUGCAAUCAGCCACUUCUGUAUUCAAAAUAAUGUCACAUAUCAAAUCUCCUUCUCUAUGCCAUCUGCUACUGUGCCAGUGUCUUCAAAGUGGUACAUUUUAUAAAUGUAAAUUGCUUCACUGCCGUGUCCUGAGAUGCUGUGAAAAUGCGACAAAAAACUGUAAUCACUGCUAAUGUUGACUUUGAAAUCCCAAAGGAACGGGUUUUAACACAACUGUAGUUAAAAACACAGCAUCACUGGUGGGAACAUUUCUCAGACCUGCUCCAGUUCUACCCGGAGUUGACGUGCAAGUUUCUCCCUUUUUUCUUUUUUUUAACCAGAAACAUCUGAGGCAAACUGGCUGAGCUCCUCAUAGAAAUGUUUUACUCCCCUGAAAGACCUUUUGACUUGAACAGGUCAUAUUCUGCAGCUUACGCAGAAGAUAUUCUUCAGCUGUGGGCAAUUGAAUGUGAUGUCUUGAAUUUCAACUUAAGAACUGCUGAACCUAUAAAUCCUUCAAAUGAGUUAUAACAACAUUGCGUAAAAUUGAAGACUAAUAUAAACAAUGCUAUACAUAAUCUUAGAUUGUUCUAAAAUCAUAAGUGCAGUGGGCUGCUUUCAUUAUGUUUGCCCAAAUUACCAGGUAUCUUUUCAUAGCUGGCAAAACUUUAACUCAGCUGUGAUCCAGUUUAGUUCCUUCAUCACUCUCGACAGAUGUCCCGAAUGUCCAAAAGAAUGAUUUGCCUUCAGCAAUAUAUACAACUACAACCAGAUCUACUUCCGAACCUACUGUAAAGUAACGCUGACCAGUAUCUCUUGUACUAGCAGAUGUGGUGAAGUGCUGAACGUAUGACCACAAGGUGCUCACAACAACCAAAACCUCCUGCUCAGCUUUUUUUUUACCCUGAAACCACCGUAGGACCGGCCCUUUACCUUUUAAGUUCCCUUUUGUUGGAUUAACUCUAAUUGACUCGGCACACUUCACAUUAUCAACUCAUUAUGUUCAAUAGGUACGAGACAGAUUCGUAGUAGACAUUACGUGGCUUUGACAUGUCGGGUACGAGUGCAUUUGACUCUAACUGGAUCUUAUUGUUUCUGUUGCACAGUAAUUUUACAAAGUAUUGGUGUUUUUAUUAGUUGCCACAAACACUAGAUUCCAGUUUGAUGGAUUGGAAUUAAAGUGUUUUGCUGAAAAAUGCUUUCCGAACAUUGAAGCAUUCUGCAAAAGCCAAUACCUUAAACAAGAAACCUUUUUAUAAAUUGACCUCUCAACUCCAUCUGAUCCUACUUGAUCCGCUUGUGUUCCUGCAAUACAACAAAACAAUACAUUUGUUUUCUUGCCAGAAACCCUCUCAAAGCCUGGUCUGUAAAAGCGUCUCUCCCCUUCAUCACCAACGCACGGGUGGACUCGUCAUCUUGCUCGAUAAUAUUUAUGUCUCCAGAUUUUAUGUUCAAUUUGAUUCCCCUCCCCAGGACACACACAUCCUCCCGGCAGCGUUAAUGUUUCUGUAUUUGGUCGUUUUUGUUUAAAGCUUCAGUUUGUCGCAGAAAGGCUCGCUCGCUGGCAGCAUGUGCACUAGACGUUGACAUUUAGUCAUUUGGAUUGAACAAGUGUACUUUUGCGAGUUGUAUUCUUUUUUUUUUCUUCAUUUAACUAAAUGUCAAAAAACUUCUGCCAUUCUGUAGCUGCUUUAUAAGUGAUUAUUUUAAGAUGACUUUUGUAACGUAUGCGUUCAUCCAAAAUGUGGCUUGGAUGUGCGUGAAUAGAGUCGUGACCGUAUACUCACUGGCACUGUUUACUUACAAUGUUUGGAUCAUUUAAUAAACUACACCUUUGUUGAGA